CGUUGCUGAAAUAACGGAACCCCACUUGAGGGGAAUCUUGUCGACGUUAUCACCACUGGCGGUCGUUUCUGGAGUUUUUGCGCAGUUCGUCAUUGGUGGCUUUUUACACUGGCGAAUUGUUGCACUGAUAUCAUGCGCGGUUCCAAUCUUUAACUUUUUUUGUUUACUUGCGAUGCCCGAGACACCGUAUUGGUUAUUGUUCCACAAUAAGUUGGAGGAAGCCCGAAAAAGUCUGGCGUGGGUCAGAGGCUGGACGACAGUUGAAGAUGUAGAACAGGAGUUGAGGGAAAUGGAACAAUUCGUCAAGGAAAAAUUAUGCCGUGUCGACCACCAGACUAAAGAUGGUGGUAAGCGACUUUGCGAGAAGUAUUUCCGGAAGAAUUUCUUGUGGCCCUUUUCUUUAAUUACUGUGUUAUUUUUUAUUUUGUGUUUUAGUGGUGUGCUAAUGUUACAAAUCUAUGGUGUGGUUAUUUUUGCCACAUUGAAGGUACCUAUGGAUAAAUAUUACGCAGAAAUGCUAAUGGGUUUGUCCCAACUCUUAGGAAGUAUGGCUAGUGUCUUUGCCGUUCGAAUUUGUGGAAAACGCGUUAUGGCAUUUGUAACUAUAGGCGGAUUAUUUGUUCUUAACUUCUGCUUCGCAACUUACGCAUAUGUGGCAAACAUAGAACGUCUAGAUUUUGCUGGCGUAGAUACAUCCUCAUCAUCAUCAUCAUCGGAAUAUAUGGCGUGGAUCCCCCUGGUUCUUGUAAUUUUAAUAUCAUUUGUGGGUCACUGUGGGCCUAGGGUAUUACCUUGGAUUAUGAUGGGAGAGAUCUUCUCAAAUUAUAUGCGCGCCGAGGGUUGUGCGUUCACUGGCUGUAUGUACUACAUACUAUUUGCUGCAGCAUCAAUGGGGUAUUUGAACAUGAUAUCAACAUUGACAUUCUCAGGUGUUUAUUGGACCUAUGCCGGUGUAUGUUUUUUUGGAAUUGUUUUUGUAUACUAUGCUCUACCCGAGACAGAGGGAAAAACAUUAGUAGAUAUUUCGCAUCAUUUCAGUGGACAAGAAAAGUUAAGCAAUAAGGUGAACAGAAAAAGCAUUUCAGCGCCCUCCCCUUCAUCAGCACUAGGACCGGUCUAAUACACCGGUAAUGAAUGAUCGAAAUCACUUCAAGGUUUUACUCAAAUGUCGCUAAUUAUUAAUUAUUGACUUUAAGGCCCACAUGCCAAAUGACAACCACACGUUCUUAUGAAAGUUCCAUUUAUAGUAGAUCUCUAGCAAUUUACCGAUCGUUGACAUUUUUGGCAGUAAUAAAAAGCACGCGUGCACUUAACUUGUAUUAUCGGUCAUAUUUUUUUUUAAUUAACCAUAACUACCUUUGUUAAGUGAACACAAGAAUUGAAAGAAGAUGACUCAACGGUUACCAGAAAUUCAAUUUUCUUCCAGUCAUAUCUUUAAAUAGUAAUAAAUUGGUUCUUAUUAUCUUUAAAAAACAUAUAAGAUAUAACUGUGUAUUUUUAUGUUCAAAGUACU